AUGUCAUCGCAAGCGGUCGAUCGCGCCGUCACACGUAUUUUCGAUUUAAUAGAUGGGGGCAAGCUGGGGUUGGCAGAAGGUGUGCUGGAGGAGACACUGCCAAAGUUUCCCGACAAUCACGCGGUGCUGGCGGCGGAGGCCCUCUUGCUGUUGAAGCAAGGCCAGGCGGAUAAAGCCAAGGAAAAGGCGGAGACACUGAGCCAGCAGGAUGUGAAGGAUGGGAAAGCUGUCAAUGCCCUCAUUCACGUUCUUCAGCAGUGUUGUAGCUGGGUUGCGUUGGCCCAGACGUACGAGCACAUGAAAGAAUAUCAAAAUGAGAAGGGCGUACUUGAGAAUUUGGUGCAGACGUAUGUGCGCAUGGGUGAUUAUAAUAAGGCGCACAAGACAGCGGUUCUGCUCCAUCGCAAGUGGAACGAUCCUCGCUACCAGGUGUGGAUCGUGCAGGCGGGUCUGUCGCAAGUUCCAGCAGAUGCAUCAGACCAUGUUCUGCUGAAAGUGUCCUCGCGACUUCUUGAUAAGGCUGUCUUGGGAGAAAAUGGCCUUAUCACACCCUCCACCUCGAGGAUGUAUGUUGAGGUGCUUCACCAGCAGAAGCUAUACAGCGAGGCACUGACGUUCCUCUACAGCGCCCGGGGGGCAGCAGUGGGCCUGCCGGAGGCCCGACUGGAACUCGUGGCGACCACAAUGCAAUGCAGCGGUGAUUUGGCGAAGGCUAAUGCGGUGGCAAAACACCUCUGGAUGCGUCAGCCCGACAAUUGGACAUAUGUGGAGCUGUAUUUAAACUCGCUGUGCGAGUCCGAUAGUAUCGAGGGUGUGCUAGAGUUGGACGGUCCCAGUGAGGAAAAGCGUGCCUCCAUUCCCCUGGGCGACGGCGACCACACGUUGGGAGAUGCACUGCGUUUCUGCCGCACACUACAGGACACCGUUGCAGCAGCAGCGGCAGGAGAGGCACCGGGUGGGCGAAUGUGCCGCGGUCCUUUUAUGGCGGAGUUAGAGAUCCUAGCACGCCAGCACGACACGGCUGCGCUAGAACUGGCGACUGUUUCCUAUGCUCAACGCUUUUACCGUACCGCAUGCUGUUUCUUAGAUAUUUCGACAUAUUUAAAUGAAGCGUCUGCCGCGGCGAUUUACUCAUGGGCGAUGGAAGAAAACGAUGCACCGAAGGACGCGCUGCAGUACCACACGCGGAGGAUUCUGGGGCUGCGUUGCCAUGUGGCGCAGUGGGGUGCAAAGAAAGAGGAACAGCCUGACAAUGCAGCGGUGGAGAGUCUUCUGCAGGUAUGCCGCAGGGCAUAUGAGGAGGCCAGACCACUUUCCGCACGACUUGCGUGGAGCGAAGAGGGCCUCUGCGACGGUUACAUCACUGUUUCGCUUAAUGUGGCUCUGCAUGUUUAUCAUGCAACGAAGGAUGUGCAGUGGGCGGAGAAGGGUCUGGCGAUGCUGGACGCGGUGGAGCGUAAGCCGAACAACCCUACGUGGCUUAUUUACGCCGUUUGCUUUGCCCGUAUCUUGGGCCUUGCUGACGUGGAUGCGUCGCGCCAGCUGGCCUUUAAGAGUGUGCAACACGACACCAUGUCCCACCNUGGCUACUGGCCGCUGGUGAGCGGAUGCGCAGUGGAGGAGAUGUGCCACUGGAACGAACUCGCGUGGGGUCACUACCACUCGCUGCAGAAGGACUGCAGUCUCCUUCGGUCAAAGGUGUUCGCACACACAUCGUGGCCUGCCAUGAAGGACGUCCAGGAGUAUGAGCGGCGACAAAUGAACUCGAUUGCGAGGGUUAUAUGUGCUGUGCACCGUAUUGUUGCGGCGCUGCGUGAGUGCCAGACACAGCGCAACGUGUUUGACCUUAUGGAAAGAGAGGAAAGCGCCAUGGUGGAGGCCUUCGAGAUCCUUCAGACAUCGCGGGUGCUGGAACUCUCAGACAAUACAGACUGGACGGUAGCGCGGUCUGUGGUGCUCGGCAAUAUCCACGGGGAAAAGGUGCACACAUUGACUGAUUCCUUGGUUGAAAUGCCCAGUAUGGAGGAGCGUAUUGAGCAAACACGCCGCUUGCUUGGCAGUCUCUUGUUGCUCCACGAUGUCGCAUUGCUGGAGGCGCAUCGAAUAAAAGUAGCGAAUGCACCGAAGCCGUUGAAAAAGAAAAAAGGUAGGGCACAAGUGGAGCAACAGAUUUCUUUUCCGAAACUCCUUUGUAAGGAGCAGGACGCUUCUUUGCCCACGUUACCCGCCAUAAGCUCAAUUGCGCCAGCUCUGCUUGAUUUCGUGAAGACACAUGAUAAUAGCGCUGCGCUGCCUCACACCGCGGCGCUGCACGACAGUUUGGAGACUCUCCUGACACCGCAGACGUCUCAGAGGUUUCUGUUUCCGGAGGCCUUUAUCCUGACCGCUCUUCUGCAGGUAGGCUCGACGUCGAGGCUGCCCAUUGUGGCGUGGGCACAAGAUCUGCACAUGGCCCUGAAGCAGAUACAUGAGUUUCAGGGUGUCAUUGAGAGAGAUGCGACAACUGGAGUGCUGGUGCAGAAGCUGCGGGAAUUAAAGGCCUCACGCAUGAGUAGACUGUUGGAUGACUUGCUGCGUGAUGUUCUCUCUGCGGCUCGCCGACGUUGA